AUGGGUUACGUUAUCAGUUCUUCUGUUGGAUACAUAUCAGGGGGAUGGGCAAAAUGGCUGACGGUGAGCACAAUCAUAAUCGGCAGCAUCUCGUAUAUGGGAUAUUUGGUGACACCAGAUUGGCGUGAGAUUGUCGACAGCAAACAUUAUUACUCGAAUUGGAAGAAUACCAAUAACAACCAGUAUUCUGUUAACGACUUUCUCGAUAGUAGGUAG